CCUUCAGCUUCUACGGAAUAAGGGUCACAAGAGCCAACAAGAUGGAGGUUCUGCUGUUCAGCCUUGUCCUUGGUCUGCUUGUUGCCAGUCAAGGUGAAGCUCAGGGAGAUGCCUCACAGUUCACAGGAAGAUGGUUAACCCAUUACACGGCAGCCAAUAACAUAGAGAAGAUCACUGAGGGUGGGCCAUUCCACGCUUUCAUGCGUUACAUUGAGUUUGAUGAAGAAAAUGGCACAAUACUGAUGCACUUUUAUGUCAAGGAGAAUGGAGAAUGCAUAGAAAAAUAUGUCUCAGGCACAAAGGAAGAAAACUUUUAUGCUGUUGACUACGAGGGUCACAGUGAAUUUCGAGUCGUUAGAGCAAACAACAUCGCUCUCAUAGCACAUGUUAUCAACGUGGAUGGAGAUGGCAAGGAGACAGAACUGGUGCAAUUAUUUGGCACAGGAGAUGAUGUUGGAUCAGAAUGCAUAGAGGAGUUCUACAACACCUUGAGAGAAAAAGGGAUUCCAGAAGAAAAUAUCCUGAACUUCAUCGAUAAUGAUACCUGUCCAGAGGAGUGAAAAAAAAGUUACUCUGACGCUUUU